AACCGGUAGAAGAAUAAAUCCGGAACUACGUCACCAGCUCAACACGUGAGCGGUCUUUCUCUCAGUUAGCCGUUAGCUUAGCAGCGCUCUGUUUAUUUGUCUUUAAUCCCGAGUAAAGAACACGAUGGCUGUCGCCGCUGUAACAUCAGGAGGGAGGAAGAGGCUCAUGAGGGAGGAGGACAUGACGAAAGUAGAGUUUGAGACCAGCGAGGAGGUGGAUGUGACGCCGACCUUCGACACGAUGGGGCUGCGGGAGGACCUCCUGAGAGGGGUCUACGCCUACGGUUUUGAGAAACCGUCAGCGAUUCAACAGAGAGCGAUCAAACAGAUCAUCAAGGGGAGAGACGUCAUCGCACAGUCCCAGUCAGGAACGGGAAAGACGGCCACCUUCUGUGUGUCGGUGCUGCAGUGUCUGGACAUCCAGGUGAGGGAGACGCAGGCUCUGAUCCUGGCUCCCACCCGAGAGCUGGCCGGGCAGAUCCAGAAGGUGCUGCUGGCUCUGGGAGACUACAUGAACGUGCAGUGCCACGCCUGCAUCGGGGGAACCAACGUGGGCGAAGACAUCCGCAAGCUGGACUACGGACAGCACGUGGUGUCGGGGACGCCAGGGCGCGUGUUCGACAUGAUCCGGCGCCGCAGCCUGAGGACUCGAGCCAUCAAGAUGCUGGUUCUGGACGAGGCGGACGAGAUGCUGAACAAAGGCUUCAAGGAGCAGAUCUACGAUGUGUACCGCUACCUGCCCCCCGCCACCCAGGUGUGUCUGAUCAGCGCCACGCUGCCCCACGAGAUCCUGGAGAUGACCAACAAGUUCAUGACCGACCCCAUCCGCAUCCUGGUGAAGCGUGAUGAGCUGACUCUGGAGGGCAUCAAGCAGUUCUUCGUGGCCGUGGAGAGAGAAGAGUGGAAGUUUGACACGCUGUGUGACCUGUACGACACUCUGACCAUCACUCAGGCCGUCAUCUUCUGCAACACCAAGAGAAAGGUUGAUUGGCUGACGGAGAAAAUGAGGGAGGCGAACUUCACCGUGUCCUCGAUGCAUGGAGACAUGCCUCAGAAAGAGAGAGAGUCCAUCAUGAAGGAGUUCAGAUCAGGAGCCAGUCGGGUCCUGAUCUCCACAGACGUCUGGGCUCGAGGUCUGGACGUUCCUCAGGUUUCUCUCAUCAUCAACUACGACCUGCCCAACAACAGAGAGCUCUACAUCCACAGGAUCGGUCGUUCGGGUCGUUACGGGCGUAAAGGUGUCGCCAUCAACUUCGUGAAGAACGACGACAUCCGGAUCCUGCGAGACAUCGAGCAGUAUUACAGCACGCAGAUCGACGAGAUGCCCAUGAACGUGGCCGACCUGAUCUAAUUGGACGAUGACGCCGAAGCCCCGCCCCUGACUUCCUGUUAUUUCCCGCUUGUUUUGUUUUUUAACUAGUUUUAGAGAUCGUCUUUAUUUACCCGUCGAGGUGAAGCAACUUGUUUUGUAAAUAAAGUUUUGAUUCCACGUCA